CAAUCAUGUCCGGCAGCGACGACGAGAUGAUACCCCCAGAGCCCAGCGGGCAGUUCUUCGCCGAGUCUGACGACGACGAGGACGAAAUCAUGGAAGUCGAAGCGCCUAAACCGCCGUCCUCUCCGCUGUCUUCGCACUCUGAGCCCUUAUUUCUCGACGGUGGAGACGAGGAUGAGGACGAACAGCCCGUGGCUGGACCUAGCAAAGGCCCCGAGUCGCUCAAAAGACGCCAGACGCCAGAUGACUUCGAUAUACUAGACGUAGAGGGGCUUGUGGGGAAGAACCAACCCGAGGCAGACAGUGCGCUUUCCUCAGAGAAGCCCGUCGCGUCCUCCUCAAAACAUCCUCCCCCAUCACAGUCCUCUGAACGUCCCUCCAAACGCGUCCGUCGCGCUACCUCUGAACCGAACAGCGCGUCUGCCGUCGACGGGCCCAUGUAUCUUGGAGAGUUCAUUGUGCCGAAUGCCUGGAGCACGUCUAGCGGGAAGUGUGCCGCAAUAAACGAGGAGGUCAGCAUCUUCAGGGAGGACCUUGAAGCGCCGGCCCCCUCCAAGGCCGCUGCGAAGGGAAAGAAGAAAGAUGACGGGAAGAAGCAAAUGUCUAUCGCUGCCAUGUUCAAGGGACAACCCGCGAAGCCAAACAAGAAGAAGGUCGACAGUAUCGUGCGCAUCGCGAACAAACGAGGAUCCAAAUUCGCGCGCCUUCCUCAAGAGUACGCCACUUGGAUGGCUAGACUCCUUGACUAUGAAAUCGUCGAAUUCCGCGGCAUCGUCGUCGACAUCCCCGAGCGCCUGCGCACCGGCAUGGACGUCUGCAUCCUCGUCCAAGCCUUCCUCCUCCCCUCCGCCUUCAAAAAGGCCGAAACCUCCGGCAACGAUGAGCUCGCGACCAAGUUCGCCUGGAACGAGGGUAUGGAGACCGAGGACGAGCACAUGCUACGCGAGCGGAAGACUGCCCUGGGCAAACUCUUCGAGAUCGUCGGACUGCGGCCCGUCGCUGGGGCACAGACAGGAGACCAGGACGGCGAAGCGAAGAAGGCGGAGGGGAAGAAGCGUUCCGGGAAUAAGGUUACGGAGAUUGUGGGUGAUGGCGAAGAGAUCGAGGUGGACGACAGCGAGGUCAUCGACGGCAAUGAUAUUGCGAUGAUCUACACUAGAGCCCAAAAGAAUGACCGCACCAUGGGCGAGAUGGAUCCUGCUCCAUCAUUCACCCUGAAACUUCGUCCUUACCAGCGGCAAGCUUUGCACUGGAUGCAUGCGCAGGAAUCAGGAAGUAUGGACGCCCGGCAAGCCAGCGCCAUGCAUCCACUAUGGUGCCAAUACAAUUUUCCCGUUCGUACGGCGCCCGGCGAGGUCAUCGACCUCACGGCAGACGAGCGACCUUUCUACUUCAAUCCCUAUUCCGGCGAGCUCAGUCUCGAGUUUCCUAAAACAGAGCGGACAUGUCGAGGCGGGAUCUUAGCAGACGAGAUGGGCAUGGGCAAAACCAUCAUGCUCUCCGCCCUCAUCCAGACCAACUCCGCCCCCGACACCACGCCCAACGCCGACGGCCACCCCACCACCUCCAAAUCCCGCCAGCUCAAGCUCAACACCGCCCUCAAAGGCUCCGCCUCCAAGAAAUCCCCCCACGCCGCGCACGCCACCCUCAUCGUCGCCCCCACGUCCCUGCUCAACCAAUGGGCGGAGGAACUCGAGCGGUCAAGCACGGAGGGCACGAUGAAGGUGCUGGUGUGGCACGGGUCGAAUCGGCUGGAUUUGGAGGGGGCGGUGCAGCCGGAUGAUGAGGAGGAUCGGGCGCUGAGGGUGGUGGUGACGUCGUAUGGGACGCUGGCGAGCGAGCAUGCGAAGUGGGAGAAGUCGAAGGUGGGGUCGGGGGUGUUUGAGAUCGAUUGGCUAAGGGUCGUGCUGGACGAGGCGCAUUCGUGCAAAUCUCGAACUAGCAAGACGGCGAAAGCCGUUUAUGCUUUACGUGCCAGACGAAGAUGGGCGGUUACAGGAACACCCAUUGUCAACAAGCUCGAGGACCUGUACUCCCUUCUAAAGUUCCUUGGCUUCAGGCCCUGGUCUGAGUUCUCCUUCUUCCGCUCCUUCAUCACCAUCCCCUUCCUCGCGCACGAUCCCAAAGCCAUCGAGGUCGUGCAGACGAUCCUCGAGAGCGUCCUGCUCCGCCGAGAGAAGAACAUGCGCGACGCAGAUGGGAAGCAGAUCGUCGAGCUGCCACCGAAGGAGGUCGUCGUCGAGGAGCUACUCUUCUCCGCCAUGGAGCGCAAAAUCUACGACUCCAUCUUCUCGACCGUCAAGAAGGACUUCGACCGACUCAACGCCAAGGGCCUUGUCAGCCAGAACUACACGCACAUCCUGGCUAUGCUUAUGAAGCUGCGUCGCGCGGUGCUGCACCCGAGCCUUGUCGCUGCCGCGGUGGCCGCGGACGCCAAAGACCCGGACGACAACGGGGAGAUGAGCGCGGGCGACAUGAUCAAGCAAUUUGCGGACGGUGGAGGCGAAGACGACGGGAGCAAGGCUUUCGCCGAGAACGUGCUUGCCCACCUAUCCGAAGAGGACUUUGACGAGUGCCCCAUCUGCCUCGAUGUCAUGGAGCGGCCGAUGUUGCUGCCGGGGUGCUUUCACAAGUGCUGCAAGGACUGCAUCAUCAUGUACAUCACGAACUGCGAGCAGAAGGGCACGCAGACGAAAUGCCCUAAAUGUAACAAGGGGCCCUUCAAGGAGGACGAGCUAGUGGAGGUCGUAUUGAACAAGAAUCCCGCUCAGUCACCGGACUCGGAGCAGACCCAGUCUGAAGUCGUACUACGCCGUAACGAUUUCCGCACAUCGACCAAGCUCAAAGCCCUCAUGGACAAUCUCCUGCGCCUGAAGAAGGAGGACCCGGGCUUCCGCGCUGUCGUGUUCUCGCAGUUCACCAGCUUCAUGGACCUCAUCGAGAUCACGCUCAAGCGCGAGGGGUUCGACCAGUACCGCUUCGACGGCUCGAUGGAUGUCAAGAAGCGCAAUCAUGCCAUAUCCGAGUUCAAAGCUCCCUCGGACGCGCCCAAGAUCAUGGUCGUCAGCUUGAAGGCUGGCGGUGUCGGCCUAAAUCUGACCAACGCGAACUAUGUCUUUAUGAUGGACUGCUGGUGGAAUGCAGCUACUGAGAACCAAGCUAUCGACCGGGUCCAUCGUCUUGGGCAGGAGAAGCCUGUCUUCGUGAAGCACUUCAUAAUCUCGGACACCAUCGAGGGUCGCAUCUUGCAGAUACAGAAACGCAAGACUGCUAUCGUCAAGGAGGCCUUCCGCGGGACUGCGCGCGACAAGGGCACCGAUCCUGACAGCGUAGAGAACCUGAAGAUCAUGUUUGGUACGAUGUGAGAUGGCGGAAGAUGUGUAUAACUUAUGGCCUUGCUCUAUCUGUACGCUGCACAAGCAAUUUUGAUUCUUGGUAGAC